GAAUUCAUGCGACAACGCUUUCUCCACGCUGCUGGCGGCCAUGGUGGGCCCAUGCUGUGCGUGUGGCAGUCCGACGGGACGUCCAUGACGGUCGUCAGGAGGACUUCCUCGCUCGAGCUGGGCUUGCUUCAGCACCUCCUUCACGGCAAGCUCGGUCUUGAGAGAAUGCACAGCUACAUUUUGCACACCUUCCUGCCUACUAAGGAAGAUCCCAUUUGCUUGAAAUCAGCAUGCGCCGCCUGGCGCGAGUACGCGCAGGGAGAUAUCCGCAAGAUCAGCACAGCGGCUAUGCUCACUGUCCUUGACGACAUGUCGAAGAUUUUCCUGGCGCUCUCGGAGAAGAGGAUGCCCGAGGGCGCCAAAGCGUUGUUCGAGUCCGACGAUUUCAUGCGUGAGGUCGGGGUCAGGCUCUCGUUUUUCGUUCGCAUCCGCGCCGUGAAUAAGGACGGCGCCGACAUCAUGUCCACGGGCAGGGGGGCUGUCAACUUCUGUAUACGGGAGGCACACAGGGACUGGAAGGCAGGCAAGGGCAUCCGAGAAGAGGACUACGACACGUUCAUGGUCUACCAAUGGGCAGCGAACCCUGACAGGCAGGCGAUGCUGGAGGAGCUCCUCGAUGCGACGCUGAAGGACCGCAUGAGCCAGGCGAGCUGUUUGGCAUUAGUUCCGCUCAUGCACGGGCCUGCCAAUGGAAACAUGGAGGGACGCCCUCCACGACCUGCUUUCGUUGCAUGCUGUAUUCGAGAUCCCGUAGUCCCGCUUAGAUAUACGUCUUCUUGGCAGCCGCGCUGGCGCGAAGCAGCUGCCAGACCGUGUUCGUUGAGCGUUUUAAUUGCGGCACUGGCGCAUUGCAGCGACAGGAUACCCUGUCGCUAA